GGUUCGGAUUUCUGUUUUACUGUGUCCCCAACACAACGCGCAAAAACGUUCGUUUCUAUGAAUGGUUUGCAUUAGCGUAGCAGCAGCAACAAAAAAAAGUGUCAAUACACCACAGCUGCCAGCCAGGCAUCAUUGAUGCGUAUCCAGUCCGUUGUCGUUUGGCGUAUGCCAGAAAAACGGGAGAAGAUCGUGAAUAGUGAAGUGUAAAAACGUGGAAAAUUUUUAAUUGCAUUUUUUGCGAGCCAGAUUGCGGAGUACUUGUGCUUGUGAUUAGUGAAAAUUCUUGAACCGGUUAAGGGUUGGGGGAUUUUCCGGGUUGUUUGUUGAUUUCAAUUAAGGUAGCAUAUUGUGAAUGUGAUUGGAUGACAUCAGCAGCAGUUGAAUGACCUGCGUGUUAGGUUUUUUUUUGUUCUUUGAGAUGAAAAAAAAGGUUAUUAACACGGAACAUCUGAGGAAAAAUUAUAUUUACGUCGAUAAUCAAAUUUAUGCUGCCAACCAGAAGUAUUAUGUGAUUGUGAAGUUCUCCGGAAGAUUAUUUUUGCCAUAACCAAGUAAUACCUCAUGGUGCCUCCUCGCGAUUUUUUGUUAUUCAUAGUGUAGUGCGCUGACCCAUUCGAAUAUACACAUAGUGAAACGAGCCAAUUUGAUAGUCGAGCAGGUCUCAUUAUUAGAAAACGAACGCGUUAAUUGGCAUUAUUUCCAAAUAAAUUAAAUCGAUAAGUGACAGUGAAAGUGGAUAACACCGGAGAGGCAACACCAAGCGGAAACACGCCGCAGGAAUGUAAAUCCAAAAAGAUCAUUAGAGCACCAUCAGAAGCAGCAGCACAUUACCAAAAGCAACAGCAAUUGACAGCACCAACAGCAGCGGCAGCAACAGCAACAGCAAACGCAACAUCAAUCGUCACACGCCCAAAACUUGCAAUUGCACGGCUCAAAUCGAUCGAAACAACUUGCACCACCACAACUACGACGACAACGACCAUCGUUCGGAGCGCUGAUUUCGAAGGUGAAGAAAGUCGUCGUUCCAGCACAACUGCCACCGAAAUCGAAACCGCAAGCUCUUCUUCCAGGCAGCAACUCGUUCCCCGGAAAGGAACAUGCACUUUGAAGGUGAAAAUAUUCCUCAUCAAACACCUGUCUAAGCUUGUGGCGUGCAACAAAAAGAUGUUCCUACCGGUUAAGUCCAACACGUCCCCAGUAGCAAACGAAGGAUCGACCGUCACCGGAGAAGAUGUCACGACAGUAACCAGCAACUCGACGCAAACACCGAGCGACCUCAGCCCCCCGAAUAUGUCCGGCGAGGACAUUUUACCGCAGGCUCAUCACCAGAACCCGGGUCACUGCAUUGCUUCAUUCUCGGCCAUCAACCGGAUGCGGCAGAACGUUCAGCUCUGUGACGUAACCCUGGAAGUCGGAGGGGAAACCAUAAAUGCUCAUAAGGUCAUCCUGGCUUCGGUUUCACCAUAUUUCUAUGCCAUGUUUAACGAUGAUAUGUUAGAACGCAAUCGAGACGUUGUAACGCUACAUGACAUCGAUCCUUCAUCGCUGAAGCAGCUGAUUGAUUAUGCUUACAGUGGAGAAAUUACCAUCACCGAGGAGAAUGUUCAGGUCUUACUGCCAGCAUCAAGUCUACUUCAAAUCCAAUCAGUACGGGAGGCAUGCUGCAAAUUCCUGCUUCGCCAGCUGCAUCCCUCAAAUUGCCUCGGAAUAAGAAGCUUUGCAGAUGCCCACUCGUGCAAGGAACUCCAUUCGCGGUCCCAUCGUUAUGCGCUGCAAAACUUUCAACAAGUUGUUGGCACCGAGGAAUUUUUACUACUAGGAUUUAAUGAGGUUCAGGAUCUGAUAUCUAACAGCCAGCUGAACAUAAGCUCGGAGGAGAAGGUCUUCCAGGCGGUACUGAACUGGAUCAAACAUGAUCUCAUCGAACGGCGGAAGCACAUUUCGGAGCUGAUGUCCCACGUGCGGCUGCCACUGGUCAAUCGGGAAUUCCUGAUGAGUUGCGUCGAAACGGAACCAAUGGUGCGCGAAGAUACCCACUGCAAGGAGCUGCUCCUGGAGGCGAUGAAGUAUCACCUGCUUCCGGAACAACGCAGCUCCCUGGUCAGCCAGCGUACGCUCGAACGACGCCCGGAAGGUAUGCGUCAGUACCUGUUUGCGGUAGGUGGCGGUAGCUUAUUCGCCAUUCAUAACGAGUGCGAGUGUUACAAUCCGAAAACCAAUGCCUGGAUGACGAUCGCUCCGAUGAUCUCAAGGCGAUCCAGGGCGGGAGUUACGGCUCUUCGGAAAUUGCUCUAUGUUGUUGGAGGGUACGACGGAGAGAACGAUCUCUCUUCGGCGGAGUGUUACAAUCCGUUGACGAACGAGUGGUGCAACAUAACCCCCAUGGGAACCAAACGAUCUUGCCUAGGGACUUGCGCCUUCGAUGGCCUUCUGUAUGUGUGUGGCGGAUACGACGGAGCUUCGUGUCUGGCUAGUGUAGAACGCUUUGAUCCGCUAACGGCUGUUUGGACUUCCUGUCCGGCGAUGAAUACCCGGCGUCGAUACUGCAGAGUGGCUGUGCUUGACAACUGUAUCUACGCUUUGGGUGGAUUCGACUCCAGCAACUAUCAAUCGUCUGUAGAACGGUUUGAUCCACGAGUUGGUAAUUGGUCAGCGGUUCCCAGUAUGACUUCUCGGCGUAGUAGCUGUGGAGUUGCGGCGCUGGAUGGUUAUCUAUAUUGUAUUGGAGGUAGUGAUGGAACCAUGUGUAUGCAGACAGGCGAGAGAUUCAACCUGAGAGCGAAUAGCUGGGAACCGAUUAGUCCCAUGCAUUCAAGAAGAUCGACUCACGAAGUAGUGGAAGCGAACGGCUACCUCUACGCCUUGGGCGGCAACGACGGAUCGUCCUCUCUCAACUCAGUGGAACGGUACGAUCCCCAGGUCAACAAAUGGACAAUCGUAACUUCAAUGCUAACGAGGCGCAGUUCGAUCGGGGCUUCGGUGUUGGAGUGUUUCAACCUAGAACGAGGCCUUCUGCAAACCAGUAUUUGACCGAUGUUAACGCAAAUUUGUAGCGACCCGAUUACGGUUUCAUCAACGACGACGGUCAACGGCGGCAAUUCCAAUCCGGCAAACGUUAGCAACGGUAGCUCCCAGUAGACAGUUAAAAAAUAUGAUUAUCCUUAAGCAUUUAAAAAUCGUUAUCUAAUAGCUAGCCAAAGGUGUAGAUGUGUAGACGUCCUUAAAGUAGUAUUGCCGUAAAUGUUUGGUUUCAAGAAAUUAGAAUAUCAAAAUAUGAGAAUCUCGAAAAUAACCAUUGCUGUAGAUUUUAAACGAAGUGUUAGAUUUGUUCACUAAUCGUGAAUUCAAUUAUUAUUUUUCAAUGAAAAUUAUGAAUUCAGUCCGGAUAAAUAUUACAAAAAAAAACAUUUCAUAGCUCAAAAUAAUUAAUUCCAAAAUUAUUUAAAACUUUCAAAUUCAGGAAAUUUUGUUUUUUAGCACAGCUUUUUAGAUCUUUUAGUUCGAUAACAUAAAAAGUUAGAAACGCUAGCAUACAGAAUUAGUUCUCAAUAUCUACACAAACACUCCUAGCUGAACAGUUGUUUUAGCACUUUCUAUUCUUCCUUCGCAGACAUUCAAAAAGCUCUAUUACUUACCAUCUGUGAUAUCCGUGAUGACCUAUUUCCCUAAAUAAAUACGCAAAUUAACCGAUUACCUAUGCAUGCGUACCUUGUGUACAAAGCCCUUUCUACUUCUAGGUUUAACGUUUCGCAGCACACAUUCAACAAAUAACCCACCUGUCGAACUCACUCUCACUUUGUGGUCGUUGCUCAUAAGUGUUUCACCUAUACGAAUUUUGAAUCGCUAAGUCGCUAACCCAUACACGUGAAGUCAGAGAAAUAAAAUAAACUAAACGCCUUAAAAACCAAUUUAUCAAUAUCAAAUUCGAAUAAAAAAAACGCUAGUACGCAUAAGUGACAGUUUUAAGCAGAAAAAUUAUCACCACGUGGUCCAAAAUCUACGAAUAUUUAGAUAACAAUUGAAAUUGAAAGAUACAAUUAAAAAUUUAUAAACGACAUCGAACUCUUCUUACAAAAAGUUGGGCAAGCAGGCAUACUUACCGUUAUUUGCUUAAAAGGUUGCUUUUAGAAAAAGAGAAAAAACACAUUCCAUCAAAUAGCUUGUAAUAGUCGCGUCACAACUGAAGCGAGGCUCAUUACCGUUCGCUAAAAUAAAGCGAACCAAAUGUAAUUUAUUGGGUACUAGAAAAAAAAACGAGCAACAAGGAAAAUACACUGCCAUAUUUUCUACUCAUGAAAUAAUAACACAUAAUAAGCGCACGCCUCAAAAAGCGUGAAAAGGAACUGAUCUAUUGUUUAACUACUAUUUAUUUGAAUUAUUUAUUACCUAUUCGAAGAUGAACAUGGACACACAACAAUCAGGGGUCACAAUAGGAACUGAUCUACAACAAAAUGAAAUAUAUUAAUGCAACAAAAUCUUACAAACUAACCUACCUAAUCCAUACCAGUGAACAGAUUAAACCCUACCAGAUGUUCUCAGAUGUCGCUAUAGAAAUAAAUAAACUUACAAUCCACGCAUUCCACCAUAGUUUUUGAUAAUCCUUAUUGUAUUAUGAUAAUAUAACCGUGAAAAGGCAACAAACUGACAUAUUUGCUAUAGAUUAAAAAGUAUUUGAAUGGACGAGGUAAAACUCCAAUUAUAAAAGACACAUUCUCUAUCUCCUGAAUAUCGGCAAAUAUGAAAAUAAAAUAAU